AUGGCUUCUAAACAGAUCUCAAAAGAGCACAAUAAAAAAUCAAACUUUCCUUCUCCUUCUCCUUCUCCUUCUCCUUCUCCUUCUCCUUCUCCUUCUCCGGAAUCACCAGAUCAGCCAAGGGCACCUAGGUCUGUGCCAGUUGAAUUCACUCCUGAUCAGAUUGAAGAAUUUAAGGAAGCAUUCUCCCUCUUCGACAGGACUCCUAAAUCUGAGAUGAAAAUCACAUAUGCCCAAUGUGGGGAUGUCUUGAGAGCCCUGGGGCAAAAUCCAACCCAGGCUGAGGUCAUGAAGCUGCUCGGCAGACCCAAACCAGAAGAAAUGGCCUCCAAGAUGAUUGACUUUGAGACCUUCCUGCCCAUGCUCCAGCACAUUGCCAAGACAAAAGACACAGGCACCUACGAGGACUUCGUGGAGGGUCUGCGUGUGUUCGACAAGGAGGGCAACGGCACCGUGAUGGGCGCUGAGCUCCGCCACGUUCUGGCUACGCUGGGUGAGAGGCUGACUGAAGAGGAGGUUGAUAAGCUGAUGGCUGGUCAGGAGGAUGCCAAUGGCUGUAUCAACUAUGAAGCUUUUGUGAAGCACAUCAUGGCUAACUGAACACCAGGACAAGAUAGAUGCCCAGAACCCCAGAUGCUGGCCUUGGAUUCUGAUGUCAUGGAAUGCCUCCUCAUUUGCCAGCCCAG